AUUUUUCUUUUCGGAAUUGUUCCGUGCAAAGGGUGCUUGCGGCAGAUUGUUUUAUUCUAAAAAUGGAAGACUUUUUACAAAAUUUGCCUAAAAUAGAGUUACAUGCUCAUUUACAUGGUUCAUUAUGCAUAAGAUCUAUACACGAGCUUGGGCUUCAGCUGUACGGUGACAAAACGCCAAAAUAUGUGGAGCUAAGUAAAAAGUUGACUGAAUUCGACCAGACUGAUAAUUUGAAGAAAUGUUUUCAUAGAUUUACUUUCAUGCAUGAACUAACCUCCAGCAGCAAGGGCUUAGAAUUAGCCACUGAAUUAGUUAUAAGAGAUUUUGCACGUGAUAAAGUCAUAUAUUUAGAAUUAAGGUCAACGCCGAGGUGUUUUGCUGAUAUGUCGCGCCGAGAUUACUUAAAAGUACUUGUAGAAACUAUAGAAAGCGCACAAAAAGCGCAUAAUAUCGUAGUUAAGUUAUUAAUAUCUAUCGAUCGCAGUCAGCCAACAGAAGUAGCCGGAGAAAUUGUCACAUUGGCCGAAGAAAUAAAAAAAAAAUACCCGAACAUUGUCAAAGGUUUGGAUUUAAGUGGAGAUCCUUUUCAAGGAACUUUUAAAUCUUUGCACCCGUUGCUAAAAAAAUCUAAAGAUGCAAACUUUAGUUUGGCUUUACACUGCGCUGAAGUAGAUACUGUAAAGGAAGCACAAGAAAUGUUGGACUUUGGCUUUCAAAGAUGUGGUCAUGGGACAUUCCUAAAUGAAGAGCAACUCCUUCAGUGUGUUAAACAAAAUAUUACCAUAGAAUGCUGUUUAACAAGUAAUAUUAAGUGCGCCACCGUGAAAUCUUACGAUUCCCAUCAUUUUCCCAACAUUUUUCGCAAUACCCAGUGUAGAGUCGUUUUAUGUAGUGAUGAUUGUGGAAUAUUUGACACUACAUUAACACAAGAAUUUCUAAAAGCUCAUAAAUUCUAUCAGCUAUCGAAAAACGACAUACAACGCUUAUCUGUGAAUGCCAUAGAAGCUUCAUUUGCUGAUGAUCAAGAGAAGGCGUUAAUUAAACAAAAAGUCAUGGAGUAUUUUCGAGAGAGUUCAGACAAUUCUUAAAAACAUGUCUGCAGUCCUCGUAUUUGUCUUCAAGAAAAACAGUGGACCUGAUAAUCGGGGUAGAAGAUACUAAAAUGAUCCACGUAAAGUUACUUAGAUAUUUAUUGGCUGGAAAAAUUUUCGUUUUGAGCAGAAUUCCAUCAUCGAUACCCCUAGUAAAAUAAUGGAAACUUGCUGGUAGUUGUCGCCUAAAGCGCUGUCUGAAUUACCUGACCUCUGGCGGCGACAAAAUUGCUGGCGCUGGCAACAAAUUAUUUUCAUUUAUUAAUAAUUCACUUAUUUAUUGACGCUUAUGUAAACUCGAAUCUGUUAAGGCUUAUUGAAAUUGAUUACAAUGUCUACCGUAGGUGCAAUAACAAAA